AUGGUGGCGUGCCAUUUCUCUUCUCUGCCACACUCUCCUCUCGUGCCUAGCUUUGCUUCCACUCUUGUGGCUCCACAGCGACGACGACUCGCUCUGCGCCCGUCUUCGCUCUCUCUCUCUGCCUCACCUCUCCCGCGAUGGAGCCCCGAGGGCGGGUCGCGGGCUCCAUGCUCGCCGGCUGCAUCGCGCAAGGCUCGGUCCUCCGUUUUCUUUCCUCUCUCUUGCUUUUCAUUUUCCUAUGCCGCAGAGUCUCCGGCCUCAUCCGUCCUCUCCUCUGUCUCGCGGCCCCGCGCAGUCUCUCGUUCGCCUUCUGUCUGCGGCGCAGACUCCGCGCCUGCUUCGCUUGCAGCUGUAGCUCCGGGGAGCUCGCCUGCCUCGCUAUCGGCCUCUGCAGCUUCUUCUCUCUCGUCAAGUGCGGUGGCGUCCGCGCGGCUGUCGGCUCCGUGUCUCGCUGUCACCUUCGCCUCGCGCGCUCAAGGUGACGCCGGCAGCGCGGCCUCCGCGUCUGUCCGCGUUCUCACAUACAACAUCCUCCACCGACUCGACGCCCGCCGCGCGCGGUUUUUCGCCUACUGUCAGCCGGCACACCUGCAGAGCGAGAGGCGCCUCGCGGCCGUGGGCGGUGAACUCCAGUCUCUCCUCCCCGACGUCGCGUGUCUGCAGGAGGUCGAGAGAGAGUCGCUCUCCUUCUUGAUCCGGCGCUUGAGCGAUGAUGGAUACGCCUGCGCAGUCUCGCUCUUCACGGAGAAGGGCAGCCUCGGCGACGGAUGCGCCUUGCUCUACAGAGCGACAGAGCUGGAACUGAUUGACACUCACACGUUUCGAUUCAGCGCCCUCGUCGACGAUUUUUUUCCCUACCAGAAAACCACGCGGGAUCAGAUGACGCUGGCCUUCUGGCGGCGGGUGAAGGAAAAGCGGAAUAUGGCUGUCGUCGCCGGAUUCCGCAUCAAGAAGACUGACCAGGUCGUGUACGUCUGCUCCACGCAUCUCUUCUGGGACCCGCGCCAGCCGGACGUGAAGCUCCUCCAGGCUUUUCUGCUUCUCGGCGGCCUGCGCCGCUAUGUCGAGGCGCAGGAAGCUCGGCGCGCGGAGAGAAGCCACGCAGAGCCAAGCGCAGACGCGGAGACUACGGAGGACAGGCAGAAACGAAACACCGGCGACUCAGAGGCCGUGCGGGCGGCAAACCAAGCCAAAGCUGAAGACUGGAGGAACGCAACGUCGCCGGGGGUGCCCCUGAUAAUCGGCGGCGACUUCAAUUCGAUGCCUUCGCAGACGGUCACCCGCGGCGACCGGAAUGCGCAAGAUGGGGGCGGAGCAGAGCGGAAGGAAGCGAGGCGAUGCUCCAGCGGAGUCUACCAAUUGAUGACGACAGGCCUCGUGCUGCCCUCCCACCUGGAACAUCCUGUCAGCUUUCAUUCGACUCUGGCUACCGGCGCGGUGCCUGCCCUCGUCCUGCGUCCUCUGCGGAGUGCAUACAAAGAGGUCCUGGGCGCGGAGCCGCGGUUCACGAACUACACGCGAGACUUCCAAGGCUGCCUCGAUUACCUUUUCUUCGAAAACGCCGUGGCGAAGGCUGUCCUGAGUGUGCCUGAGGAGAGUGAGCUCAAAAGAGAAGUUGCUUUGCCGAAUUCACGGUUUCCCUCGGAUCAUGUGGCGCUGAUGGCGGACUUCGCUCUGCCGCCCUGA